AAUUUCUCGUCCUUUUCCUUUGACUCCGCCAUAGUUCCCACUUCCUCGCCCUCUUUGCUCCAUUGCAGGCUUGCAGCCAUGUCGGAGAUCGUGACCGUGGCAUGGCAGCGUUACCUUCGGCAGCUACAGCUUCAUCCCCUCAGAACAAAGGCCAUCACUUCAGGGGUUUUGGCCGGGUGCAGCGAUACGAUCGCGCAGAAGAUAUCCGGGGUCAAGAAGCUCCAGUUGAGAAGGUUGCUUCUCUUCAUGAUCUAUGGUUUUUGUUAUGCUGGACCUUUUGGUCACUUUCUCCACAAACUUAUGGAAAAAAUUUUUAAGGGAAAAAAGGGUAAUGAAACUGUUGCCAAAAAGGUACUUUUGGAACAACUAACAGCCUCACCUUGGAAUAACAUGAUUUUUAUGAUGUACUAUGGAUUAGUUGUUGAAGGAAGAUCAUUUAACCUAGUGAGCAAGAAAAUAAGGAAUGAUUACCCAACCAUCCAAUUGACUUCAUGGAAGUUUUGGCCAAUAGUUGGGUGGAUAAACUAUCAAUACAUGCCUCUGCAGCUUCGUGUCCUGUUCCACAGCUUUGUUGCUUCUUGCUGGGGUGUUUUUCUGAACCUGAAAGCACGGUCGGCUGCUACUGUUAAGAAGGCAUAAGGUUGGAUCAAAAGGAUGCAAUGAUAAAUAAUGCAGCCUUUUGGAGAUCUCCAUGAAGGUAUCAAUUCGCAUCCACUUUUUUUUUCUUGCAUAAAGGAGGGAUAUUCUUCUAAAUAUUUUAAUUAUUAUAAUUGAUGUGUUAUUCACUUGAUAUUUUCGAUUUUCGUAUCAAUUCAUUUUUGCAAUGUCUCGAAAUGUUUUUUUAAUAAAUAAAAAUUAUUAUCAAUAAAUACUUAA